AUGAAUAAUACCAGCACGAGUGGUACAAACUCAACAACAAUUUGUCAUCCGCUUCUCUAUACUCUCGGAAAUUUGACUUUGGAUGAUUACCGAGACAAUACAUACUCUUCAACGAGCUCCCUGAGAGGUAUUUGUCCCGAUACUCUCUUCAAUACCUUGUUUGCUGCGAUUUUUAUAUUCCUCUUGUUCAUCAUUACAGCCUUUUCAUUCAGUGUUUUGAUAUGGAAACGAAAACAUCCGCAUAUUGAAAAGAGAAAUCUAGGAAGCUCACUGCUGCAUGUUAUUGCGAGUUUUAUUCUGGUUCUAGUGAUUUGCUUACGUUAUUUUGUUACACGAAAGAUUCAUCCGUGUUCGCUUCACAUGUUAUCCUUUUUCAUGUUAAUUCCGAUUGUGUUUUUGGCACCAAUUUUUAGAUGUUGGAGAGUGUUUAUCAUGUAUCGAUUGAAUUUGGAGAGGCACAUGAUUUAUAGAGCAAGUAGUAGCAAUGUUCAGGCUACAGCUUUGGAUCAUCAUCAUGUGGUGGCUACGACUUUUGUGAAUAGUCAUGAUAACAAUCAAUUAACAGACAUGCCAAAUGUCAAGACGGAAUUUCCGCAAAAGAAUGGAAUGGAAAGUCAUACUGUUUCAUCUAAGGGUGGAAAUACCGUAGUAUCUUUCAAAUUGGAUCAACCAAUCUCUUCCUCAACACACAAUACAGAUCUAGAAUUCGAAAGUGAAAGUGUGAUUUCAUUCUCUGAAAUUUCGGAUGUAACGGCCAAGAAAAUUAGGAUAAUGAGCUUUUUAGCAAGUAACAAAUUUAUAUGCAUCACCUAUGGAGUAUUAUUAUUUGUUCACUUUUGUUUGUGGCUAAUAUUUGGAGGUGUGGAUGAGGGAGUUGUUAAGGCUACAAAUGGAAACAGAGUUUUCACAAUAGAAGUGAGUUUUUUUGAUUUCACACAAGGAUGCACUUCAAGUGCAAGUAUGGUCUAUGUGGUUGGCGUCAUUUCGGCUCUAUAUAUUUUGACAGAAAUUGCUACUUUAAUUUUGUGCUUCUUGGCACAGCGAGAUACGUAUCGUAUUAAGGUCGAAGCAAUCAUUAUUAUUGGAUGUCAAGUGAUUGGACUCACUCUCUAUGUCAUUGGUGGAGCAGUUCCAAUUUACAAAUCAUUGGCAGAUUAUUUCUUCACGUAUGCCUUCUUUCCAGUAUUGUACAUUAUGGUGGAUGUGUUUAUUGGUGUGACAUUACCUUGUUGUUAUGCGUUGUAUGAGGAAAUUUAUGUGGUUCGAAAACUAAAUGUCAACAACAACACCGGCUCUGAGAAUAAUCAUAGUGUUCUUGAACAAUUCUUGAAUAAGAAGAAAUAUUUCGAAUUGUUGUUGGAAUUUGCAAAACGAAGUUAUUGUCCAGAGAGUGUUCUUGCGUAUCGUGACAUUGAACAAUUUAAAAAAACUGGAAAACGCAACAGAAAUAGAUAUGGACAAUAUAUACUCAAGACGUAUUGCUUGCCAAAUUCACCUGCGCAGUUGAAUUUAUCGUCUAACAUUACAGAACAAGUGAAAGAAUGGACGGAAAGCUUGGAAAAGAAAUCAGAUGUCGUGGUGGAGACUAAUUUAUUUGAUUCACUGCAACAACAUUGUUUGAUUGACUUGACUGAUGUUUUUGAACGCCUUAAAUGGUCCAAUAAGGAAGUGAGGGAAGUUUGUAGGGAAUUAUCCAAACAUUGCUAA